CGUAAUUUGGCCUUGACAAAUUAAUGGCUACAGAAAGUACCUGUCAAAAUGUAACCAGUGUUUAAAAUUGUGUGGUUAAUCACAUUUCAUCAUGCAUAAUAUGCAUAAUAGGAUUUGUGUAGCAUUGUUUGACAUGAAUCCGUUUACUUUGGAUAAAUUCUGGGUGAAUGACAAUGUAUUGGGCAAAUAAGUCAAAAACAUCAGGAAUGUGUUUGUGUGUUGGGAAAUGGAAACAGAUCAGAAAGGGGCAGAUAACUCUGAUUCGGGAAUGUUUUCAGCCAGUAGUAGCAUGGAUGGUUCAGAUAUACACACACCAGUUGUCCAAGGAGAUCUACCAACUUGCCAUACUUUCAUGGAUCCCAAUAUAUCUCUUUCUUAUGUGUUUCCUACCAUUCCUGUCACAUUUGGCACGACACUGCCCUAUCUGACAACAGAUAGUUUGAAGGUAUCGUAUAUUAAAGACGACAAGGAUAAUAGUCGAGAAAAUCAAGUUUUUGCUCAAGAUUUGAUUUCUUCAUUGAACAAAAUGGCUGAUUCACAUUUUCAUCAAACACUUGAUGGUGGAAAAACGGACGUGAAAACCAAUAUUGAUAGAUCGGAUUUAAAUAUUGGUUCGCAAUUAUCCGAAGAAAAGGGAAUGUCACCUCUGAAUAUUUCCGUCGUUUCGUACCCAGACUCAAGCGGUGGCCAGCAGAGUCCGGCAUUAUCUUCUCAAACUGGUGCUUCGUCUUUGCCGUUUCCCUCCACGGAUAUCACGAGUGACGCCAUGUUGAGUGCGAUCAAUUAUAAUGACAGUGAAAUGCUUCAUGAUGGAACGUUCGACAUGAAUAGUACUAACUCUGCGGGAAACCUGCCUCAGUUGGAUGAUGGACUUCUGUCAAAUAUGGGCAAUCCUGCUCAAAAUAUUCGACUGACCGAGGGUCAGGGUGCACAUGCUUUUGAUUUGUUUGACAGCCAUGUUAAUGAUCCAUUAUCAUUAUCACCACAACCAUUCUCAGAUACUGGAUUUGCUGUUGGUGACAGUACUAGUCUGGGUGCAGUGACGACAGAAUCAAGUGGUUAUCGUCAGCCAUCGGUAGAAUCUCCUACAGAAAGUGGUACGAAGUCAAAAAAUAAAAGCAAGAGUUCUAAAUCUCAUCUCUCCCCAUCAAAGACUAAUGUACAGUGUCCAACUUGCGGUAAAGGUUUUAAUAACUCCAGUGCCUUAGCCAAGCAUCGUCUCACACACAGCGAGGAAAGAAAGUAUAUCUGCAAUGUGUGCUCUAAGGGUUUUAAGAGGCAAGACCACCUCAAUGGUCACCUGAUGACACACCGAGAGAAGAAACCGUACCAGUGUCAGGUUGAGAACUGUGAGAAGAGUUACUGCGACGCCCGCUCCUUGCGGCGCCAUCUUGAAGCCAACCACCAGCAAACGCCUGAAGAGAUCACGAACAGCGUGCUGGCGAGUAUGACGGCCGCGGGUAUCGCCACGACGAUUCACAAUGGAAAACCACGAGCCCUGGACAAGUUGUUCAUUCAACAAGAGGCUGCCCGGAUGCAGCAGAUGGCAUCACCUACUUUCUGCACAAACACCACAGCAUCUCAGAGCCCGAGCUGUACAAACCAGGUGUCCUUGCAGAGUAACUUUUUCCAGUUUGACAGCCAGUCUAGCAGCCAGCAGUCGGGAGGUGGCCAGCAGCAAGCAGCGGCCGCAGUCCAGGCGAGUCCCCAGCAGCAGACAGAACAACCACAGACACAGAUACCACAGCAACAGCAGGACCAGGCCUGGCAGGAGCGAGUCCGCGUGUACGACUUCCCAGGUUCUGGACACCCCUCACCUAGCCCUCUUACUGGUGACCAUUCACCUGGCAGUGCUCAGCAAGUCAGUCCAAUCAGCCCAGUGCCCCCAACAUCCAGUCCCUUGCAUUCUCCACAGCCCAGACAUAAUCCAUGGUUCAGUAACAAUCCACCAACAGUGCCAGCUGCAGCACAGGAAUCCCCCAAAACUGGGGAAGAAACCAAACCACCAGUUCAGUGCAGUAUUUGUCACAGACGUUUCAAGAAUAUUCCUGCCCUAAACGGACAUAUGAGAUUACAUGGAGGAUACUUAAAAAAGUCUAAAGAGGAAAAGAAAAACAAGAAAAGUGACAUGGGUCCACCUCCGGCACCACCUCGUUCCACUCAGACAAUUUCUCAGAUCUCGAACAUGUUGCCAACGUUGAGCCAAGCGUUCCCACAGCCUCAUCCUACAUCACAGGAGGCUGUCAUGUCCCAGGCAGGAAUAUCGCAGCACUCGCCGGCUCAGAUACCCCUGACCAUAGAGCAAGUUGGUGCCAGCCAAGACGGACAGGCACUAACUCCUGAGCAGCAACAGCAGAUCAUUCAACAGCACCUCCAAUUACACACGCUGCAGUUACAAGAAGCGGAACAGAGAACCAACCAGUCUCUUGAACAAAUCAACCAAACGUUACAAGCUCAUGAACAGCAGCAGCAACAGUUACAACAGCAGCAGCAGCAACAGCUUUCUCAGCAGAUCACAACUGGAGAGCAAUUGAGCUCUGCUCAGCCACAGACGGCCACAGAGCACAUACAGCAGUUGGCAGCCAGUGUACAGCAGGCCCAUGAGCUGUUGCCUCAGAUCAACCUCCAACAGCUGGAGCAGAUGCAGCAGCAGGCCCAGCAGCAGAUUCAGCUGCAGCAAGCUGUUCAAGUCUAUCAGCUUCCCCAGCUCUCUCCUCAACAGCUGGAGCAGUUGGGUCUGCCGGUGCAGCUUCCUCCGGCACAACUCCAACAGCUGGUGCAGGAUCAUCACAUCCAACAGUUGCAGCAGCAGCAGCAGCAACAACAGCAGAAUCAGCAAGCUGAAGAAAUUCAUUCAUCUCACUCGCAGACUAACCAGAGUCCAGAAAUCUCUCAAGUCACUUCAAGCCAGGUGAUACAACUCACACCAGAGCAGCAGCAGCAGCUUGAACAGUUGUCCGAGCAGCUAAACAUCCCGGUUCACCAACUGCUUGAAGAGCAUAAGCAAGCUACAGAAAGACAGCAGCGAAUUCAGCAGAUUCAGCGUCAGCUGUCGUCAGCUGAGGACGAAACCACGCCUUCGCCACAAGUAAUACAGGCAGAGCAUCAGAUCAACUUCCCACAGCACCUGCACUUUCAGGAUGCUGAUGUACACAUUGGACAGCAGCAGUCUGGGUCAUCACAGGUUCUCUCACAGCCAGUGACUCUGGAUGAUGCUAGAGACUUGCCACAGAAUCUGGAAAUGCAGUUGCCCUCUCAACUCAUAGCGAUGCAUUCACCAAUCACUCUCAAUUCCCUUGCAAUUCAGACCAAUCUGCAGUCUGCUCUAAAUUGGGCACAGAGCCAACACAGUCUUCCCGUGUCUGAGGCACAAAGACAAGAAGUACUGGCCACCACCCAGGCCCACCUUGUGUCUGCUCCAAACCUCACGGCGAGUCACAUUUCUCUGUCUCCAGCCACAGACACCUCCGAAGUUACAGUUGCUCAAUUACUAAACAGUAUGGCCAACUUCCAGGAUGGUCUCACGUCGGGUCUUUUGUUACAGACCAAUCCACAGCAUCAGACAUCAUUGCCUUCAGAUGUGGCUGUCAUGCAAGCUCAUCAUGCUUCCAUCACACAGCCCAAUGUUCAUCCCACCUUCACUCCAUUUACAAGUGUUGCCACAACUCUCUCUAAUCAAACUAUCGGUAGCAGUCAGCAAAUACUGCAGAACAUUAAUGCCGUUACAGCCCUUGAGAUGGACCGAAAGACCAUGGCUACUUUUUCACAGGAAAGCAGUGUUAUAAAUGCUGUUUCUAGUAAUGUCAAGGAGCCUAGUAACAGUUUCAAACCAAUUAAGCAUCAGCAUAGCGAGUUGAAACGAAGACUUUCUGCCGAUUCUAAUUUAGAGGGAAACAAAAAAGCUUUAUCGGGAAGUUUAACAAUGAUGCUUUCAAAAUGCCCUCUUGGAUCUACAGAAAUGGACAGUUCUUUUGCAAAACCGAAAGAGUGUGAGUUUGAGGUACCCGUGAGAAUGCGCAGUAAAUCUGGCGACGAAUAUAAACUGAUGAGAUCAAAAAGUGUGGAUCAUACGUUUAUGCGACCGAGGAGUCGCACGGAUGAUUCUAUCUACAGAACAAAAAGCCAGAUUGAUGAGAUGACGGGUAGAAGCAAGAGUCACUCCGAAGAUUAUCUAUCGAGAUCUGAUGGUGCUGGGAUCUUCAGAAAUCCGAUUCCAGUGACUGGAUCUAUGAAAUUCAAAAGAAAACACAGGCCAGCUCCUCUGUUUAUUCCACUCCAUCUGAACAGUUUUCAGAGCAGGCUGCGCUCGCCGCGACUCUGGGAGGGUACGGAUGGCAAGAAGUUUGGAACCCCACCUCCCUAUACUCCACCACCAAUGCUGAGCCCCAUCAGAAGUGGGUCCGGUUUAUUCUGGACGAUCCACAGUACGAAACCCAACACACCGAUGUCUGCGCCAGUGACACCAAAGCUACUAGUAGGCCAAAGACGAAAUAGUGUAAGUGCAAGUGAAAGUUUACCACCAACUAUUCCCGAGAAAGAUGAAGAAGCUCCUCCUGAAACUGACAUACAGCCGCAUGUCAACAUUGGAACACAAUAUCAAGCUGAACUUCCACAACUGAACCUAAACCGAGCCGACGCCCUGAAAAUAGAAGCAAAAGAAGACUUAGUAUGGGAACCAAGUGCAAUGGGAGACAACUCUGAUGACGAUGUGCAAUAUUUUCAAGAAUUUGCGUGUUCUGCAGCUAUUCAGGGCAAUGGGUCAAAUGUUGAAUAUGCUUUACAUCUUUUGUGCAUGGCUGAAGGAAAUAUUCAGAAUGCUUUGUUAAUGUUGAUGGAAGGUCCACCGAAGCUGCCAGCUCAACAUGGACUUCACAAAUACAACUAUCAAGAAUCUGACCGCUGGAAUUCACAAGAGAUUGAGCUUUUUCACAAGGCUCUGCUCAAGCACAGCAAAGACUUCUUUGCUGUUGCAAAUGAGGUUGGCACCAAGAAUGUGAAGCGCUGUGUUGAGUUCUAUUACUUGUGGAAGAAGGUUUGUCCUGAUGAUUACAAACGUCUUCGCAUCCUUCGUCGGAAACGGGAACAAGAAGCUCUGUACAAUCUGAGGUCGCGCGCUGCUGAUCAGGCUGCCCAAGCUCAGCAGCAACAAAUUCAGCUGCAGCAACUACAACAGCAGCAACAACAGUCAGUGGAGCAACAACAGUUGACUGGACAGCAGCAACCAAUGGAAGAAUCAGACUCGGAAGAAAGCGUAUCAACACAUUCUGAACAAAAUGAUAACAAAUCCGAUAUUUCAAGCUCUUCACUUUCACCAUCACCAGCACCAUCAUUCACCUGUGAUCAGCUCAACUGUCAUGCAACAUUUUCAUCAAAGCAAGCACUAAAUGCUCAUUCUCGAAUCCAUGGUCCGAAAAAUGUCUUUGAUGUUGAGAAGGUGGUAUCUCGCCAGAGAAAAACUGCUGCAAACAAAUCACCGAUAAGAGAUGAGAAUGGUGAUGAAAUUUUCCCCUGUAGGCUCUGCACAAGAGUGUUUUACAAAGUUAAAAGUAGAAGUGCUCACAUGAAAAGUCAUAGGGUUGUUGAGAAUGAAAACAUGAAAUCCAUUGAACAGCAAGUGAUGAAGAUUAAAGCUGAAAUGGUUCCAGAUGGAUGACUUGGGAUGCAGACAUUCUCCCUGUGACAAAAAUAGUGUUCUCUUUGUGUGGCUGUGCAUUAUAAACUAUACUAUGAAGUGAUUAUGUUAAAGUGCUUUUUGUGUGCCCAGACUGGUCAACAUAAAGUACAGCUCAAUACAAGGCAGCGUAAACGUGAAGGCGAGGCACAGGUUAUCCAUAAAUCAUCGAAUUGGUAAAAAACACAAAAAAUUUAAACAUUAUAAAAUGGCAGCAUCUCAUCUGUUAUAUUUCAUAUCCUUGUGAAACCGUGUUUACUCAGAAAGACAAAACAAUCGUUUUGGUCAAACCUGUCUGUAAAGGCCACCAUUCUUCAUCUUGGACUACAUAUGUUACCCAAGGGAUCCAAACUUUAAAAAGACUUCCCGAAUGGACUCUGCCUAUACCGCUAUCCCAAUAGACCUAGCCUAUAAAGGCUACCCUAUUUGACCUGACAUUCAAAAAAAAAAAAAACCUACCCGAUACGGACCUGGCCUGUAAAGGUUACCUAAAAGGGACCCAUGACAGACGUUUGGUUAUUGUUAUUGAUGGUGCCCUUUAUAACAGGUUGGACAAUACGCAUGUUAUGGACCCAGGGUGGGAAUGCUGCAUUUGGCUGAGUUGUGCUCUUCUGCCAUUCUUGUAAAGUGCUGUGAUCUCCAAGGCCUGCGUGGGACUCUUCAUAAUCGAGGCAUUAUGGUGCUCUUUUCGAUGUCCAGCAAACUUAUAGCAGUGUUGUUGUUCAUGAAUAUUAUUCUUGUCUUGUAUUCAUCCGUAGUUGUUAGCCCACCAAACCUGGACAGUGGUUUCUACAAUCUAUAUAAUAUACGUAUAAUAUGACAUGAUUGUAGGAUAUCUGCCUAGUUUGGUAGGCCCUUCAUUGCUGUCUGGAUCUAACAGCAUUGAUUUGUCUUUGUUUGUUUGUAUUAAUGGAUAUCCUACUAUGAGAAAUAUAUAAAGUGCUGUUUUGAAAACAAGUAUGCUUCUAGGUUCUGCUUAUUAACCGGAUGUAUUGUAUUAUACAAUUUAAACAUUUUAAAAUCUGUUCCUUGUGUGCGAGUUGAGGGCAGUAGAACAACAUAUGACAAUAGCACAUUAUAUAACUAAUGUGUCUGAUCAUGUAAUUUGUUACUGUGAUAUUUUUUUUUCUUAUGUGUAUAAUUGUCAUUACUUACACUUUUUAAGCCUCAUUCUAUGCAGACUGAUUUAGGUAACAAAUUAUUUUCCUAGUGGUGUUUUUCCUAACCCCUGCUAAACAAGAAUAAGAACUUAUUUUAUGAAUAAUUUGCAUCUUUAUGGCAUACUUUGUUAUGUAAAUAAUGUGUAUCAUUUUUGAUUAAAGAAAAACAAUAGAUUUUAGAAUUUGUAGUUUGAAAAGCUAAAAGCACAAUCAUUUACAUUCUUCAAUUUGAUGAUUAUAAUGUUGCUGCACUGAAGUUUACAACACACUGUUCAGUCUUUAUGAUAGAGCGAGCAAUUUUGUUUGAAACUGGUCUCAAAUUCAAAUAUUUUCUUAACCAAACAAAAUCUUUUGGUAAAUUCAUUAUAAAAUUUUGCUGAAAACACAUUAUGUUCAGAUUUAACAUGUUAGCUUUAACUCAGAUAAAUAUUAUUGAUAGGUUUUUUUUAUUUAAAGCUUUUGUUUUUAAAAAUUGUGAAUUUUAUGUAAUUUUUAUUGCAUAUUGACAGUUUUCAUAAAUGUUAAUAAUCCUCACCUUUAUAUUAGUUUAGAAGUAUAAGGGUACAGCAGUAGCUAUAAUUUGUUAUAUAGAUCAGUCUGUCUAGCCAUUUUUGUUUUUUAUUGAGUAUGAUGUGAAUAGUAAUGAAGAUUUACAAAGGAAUUUUUAACUUAUAAAAAAUGUAGAUUUUAUUAAUGGAUGGUAGCUGUGUUAAAAGACGAAACAUUUUACUUAGCUACCCAUCACUGAGACAUGUUUUAAACUCUUGGUGUCAUGUUGACACUGAAAUAUUAGUGACAUUAAUAUUUAUUAUAGUGGCACUUCAGACAUUAGAUUUAAUUUUUAUUUGUCAGUUCUUAUCUUAGACACUAUAAAAAUCUGUUUUGUUAUGAUUUUAGAAAUUGUAAACAUUUUAAAAGAUAAAUAGAUUGUUAUUGAUUUUAUUCAAAACCUAAAAGUAGAAUAUGUGGUUUUGUAUAAUAGGCAUAUAUUUAAAAUCUUCGAUAUUUAAAAUGGAAUGAAAGCUUGUGCUCAAAUUCUGCUUUUUGAAGACAAGUAUUGCAGGUAAAUAGGUUACUGCUAAUGAUACUAUCUGUAAGUAGAGUUUUAUGUGUUCUGUACAUUAAGACAAACAUGUGCCAAUAAUAGUUUUUACAGAAUGUUUAUCUAUUUUACUAACUGUUUCUUUACCUCAUUCUUGUGUUUGUAUAUUGAUCUUACUUUUAAAAACCCUCAUAAAACCUUCAAGCUACAGUCAGUUCUCUGUUAAGCUACCACCUUAGGCAGGUCUCUGAGAAUUGAAAAUUAGUGUAACCCAUUUAUUGCUUAUGCAAAAUCAAUUUCAAGUACCGUAUUUGACCGGAAAUAAGCCCAGGGGGCCAAGACAACUCAUUGUGAGCUGAGCAUGGGGUGGGCUUAUUCCCAGACAAGGGGCCAGUUUUGUUGAGAAAAAAAAAAAAUAAUAAAA